AUGAGGAGAGGCAGCUGCUCUCUCCGAUCCCACACCAGGGUACCAGAUACAAAGAAGCAACCUCCCCCCCAAGGACCGGCGGAGGUCAUCCCGGUCCACCACAAAGAAGCAACAGGGACACGGCACCUAGUCGCACAGUACAGCACAAUAGCGGACACCACGUGCACAUCAGAACGUGCAGCAGUGCACCCGGACCUCAUGACCAGGCUCAACGCCAUCUGUGAAGCCUUCUGCGUGAAAUUAGAGGACAGGGCACGGCGACUCAAAGCAAGCAUGCGAUCAACAAGCAAAAAACCCAAGCAGCCCCUCCGCAAGUGA